AUGGAUUCCCUCAGCAAACACUGUCAAGACCUGGCCGACCCAGAUAUAGGUAACUUUGCAGUCUCCAUCUUCAUUCUCUGCGGUAUCCUCGUUUCGUACCUCCCUCAACAUGCGAAGAUAAUUAUGCGCCGCUCAUCUGAGGGCCUUUCUCCGUGGUUUGUCCUCCUGGGAACUACAUCCGGUACCUGCGCCAUCGCCAACAUUCUGGUCCUUCCCCGGAGCCGCGAAGAUAUUGGUUGCUGCAGCGAGAUCGGUGGGUUUGCCUGCGGCGCCGCACUGUUGGGUAUCGCACAGGUGGGCGUACAAUGGAGCUGUUUCUUUCUCAUCAUGCUGCUCUUCUUGGUCUUCUUCCCUCGUGAGGAUGCCGCCGAGAGCACCCACUCUGGACAUAUGCACGCCGAGCAUGACCCACAGGCCGGAUACACCUGGCAACAAGCGCUCGCUGUAGUCGGUCUUUCGAUCGCGCACUUCUUUGUCGUCUUCCUCAUAUCCGUUGUGCUGCUUGCGCGAUUCCCAAACCAGCUUCAGCUGUGGGCAAAUAUCCUUGGUAUCGUUGCCACAUGCCUGGCGUCGAUCCAAUACAUUCCACAGAUAUACACGACCUGGAAACUACAGGAAGUGCUCAGCUUGAGUGUACCGAUGAUGCUAAUUCAGACGCCUGGCAGCUUCGUAUUCGCAGCCAGUCUCGCAGUGCGCCUUGGUGCAUCCGGAUGGAGCGCGUGGGGCGUCUAUAUCGUAACUGGCUGCCUUCAGGGCAUUUUGCUGGGCAUGGGCAUCUGGUUCUGGAUCAGGGACAGGAGGGAACAAAAGGUGGUUGGACGAUUCGAGAUCCAGAACCCUGAGAACCGCGCAAAUGAGCAGACGCCCCUCUUGCAAGGCGAUGGAGGGAGUCGGAACUAA